AUGUUCUCCUCCAUCGCCCGCCUCGCCCUCCUCACGAGCGCCAUCGGCGCCGCCGCCGUGCUCGCCGUGCCCUUUGCUGCGGCUGCCGCGACGCACACGCUCGUGGCGCGCGCCACGGCCGAGUUCCUGCCGGCGAGCGGCGAGCUGCAGGGCACGUGGGAGCUGCAGGGCUGCUCGCCCGACCCGUACCGCCUCAACCCCGUCAUCUGGGGGUCGAGCUUCCAGGAGGUCGACACCAUCGAUGAAUGUCUGACGACGUGCGACUCGGCGGGUGCGCACUACUGCGGCCUCGGCAACGGCUUCGAGUGCUAUGCCAGCAACUUUCUGCGGCACAAGCAGCCCAUCUUCCCGGCCGCGCAGCUUUCGCCCACGUCCGAUGGCGGAUGCAGCUCGCUGGCGCGCGGCAGCAACACCCAGCGCGGCGGCGGCGUCAACUUCCUCCAGGUGUACACGAGCAAGCAGCGGCCGCUACCCUCGACGAAGCCGCGCGUCAAUAGCUACAACUUUGACGGCUGCUACUCGGACGACGAGAACAGCCGUCUCCUGCCGACGCAGAUCAGCUCGAUCGACUUCUACGGUAUGACGCUCGACGCGUGCACCGCCGCGUGCUCGGCGCAGGGCAUGGAUCAGGCCGGAGUGUCGGGCCGCCACGAGUGCUUCUGCGGCAAGACGUCGGAGCGCGACGUGGCCAAGGAGGUGCGGAAGUGGGCGCCCGAGGACUGCUUCGACACGUGCUCGGGCGACGGCGGCUCCUUCUGCGGCACCUACUACCCGCGCCGCAUCUCCGUCUACCGCCAGGGCGCCGCGCCACCCACGCCGCCGCCGGCGCCGGCGCCGACGAACCCCAGGAACCCCGAUGUGAUGUUCAAGAACGUCAAGUACGCGUAUGACGGAUGCUACGCGACGAGCCUCUUCUCCUUCUUCACCUUUACGUAUGCGACGGACCGCAAGAACAGCAACGAGCGCUGCGUCGCCUCGUGUGCCGCGCGCGGCUUCACGUACGCCGCCACGACCAACGGCAACGUCUGCCGCUGCGGCAAUGCGCUGGCGAACCGCAAGGCCGACGCGGCGGCAUGCAAUCGCGCGUGUCCCGACGCCUCGUCGCAGACCUGCGGCGGCCGCCUGGCACUCAGCGUCUACAAGCGUGCCUAG